UAUUUUUUCAACGCCUCCUCUACAAUCGCUUUAUGCAACUCCACCAUUAUUAUACAUUCACUUAUCCACUAAAACUCUCUCUCUCUCUGAGAUUUCAUUUCACCAUGCAUCUUCUUUUUCUUCUACUUGUGAUUUUCCUUGUCAUCCUCUUGAAAUUCAUAUACUCAGUCAUAUGGGUCCCUUGGAGAAUUGAGAACCACUUCAAAAACCAAGGCAUACGAGGCCCUGGGUACCGUUUGUUCUUCGGGAACACAGCUGAGAUCAAACAUAUGUACGCUGAAGCUCUAUCAAAGCCAGUCCCGUUGGACAACCACGAUGUUCUUCACCGUGUGUCUCCAUUUUACUACAGGUGGUCAGCCAUGUACGGGAAGACUUUCUUGUACUGGUUUGGGUCAAAACCAAGGCUUGCAAUGUCUGACCCAGACAUGAUUAAGGAAGUUGUUAUGAACUCAGAUGGGUCCUUUGGAAAGAUCCAGAUGAAUCCCUUGGCUAAGCUGCUAUUUGGGGAAGGACUUGUUCAGCUUAGUGGUCAGAAAUGGGCUGUUCAUAGAAGAAUCACAAACCAGGCCUUCAACAUGGAGCGUGUUAAGUGUUGGGUACCAGAAAUUGUGGCUAGUAUUGCAAAGAUGUUCAAUAAGUGGGACGAAAAUAGAGGAGGGAGAGAUGAGUUUGAGAUGGAUGUGCAUAAAGAGCUUCAUGAACUCUCAGCGGACAUCAUAUCAAGAACAGCUUUCGGGAGCAAUUAUGAAGAAGGAAGGCGCAUUUUCAACUUACAAGAGCAGCAAAUAUAUCUUUUCUCCCAGGCGAUCAGAAGUGUAUAUAUUCCUGGUUUCAGGUUUUUGCCUACCAAGAUGAACAAAGAAAGGUGGAGACUAGAUAAGGAAACUCGUGACUCUAUAAGAAUGCUAAUUGAGACGAACAAACAUGCAAGAGAAGAUUCAAGAAAUCUUCUUGGUCUAUUUUUGUCUUCAUAUAAAAAUCAAGAUGGUGAAGAAGAAAGAUUAGGGAUUGAGGAAACCAUUGAUGAAUGCAAGACCUUUUACUUUGCAGGAAAGGAAACAACUGCUAACCUUCUAACUUGGGCAAUUUUUCUUUUAGCAUUGCACCAAGAGUGGCAAAGUAGAGCACGGGAAGAAGUGGUUGGCAUAUUCGGUGACAAUGGGCUUCCUGUUGCAGAGAAAUUAAACGAACUUAAAAUUGUGAGCAUGAUAAUUAAUGAAACACUUAGACUCUAUUCUCCGGCACCAAUGUUGUCAAGGCAAACAUGUAAGAAGGUUAAGCUAGGGGGCCUUGAUGUUCCUGCUAACACACAACUCUAUUUCUCCUUGACUGCAGUCCAUCAUGACAUCGAGAUAUGGGGAAAAGAUGCUAACGAGUUCAAUCCAUUUAGAUUUAUGGAUUCCCGAAGACAUUUAGCUUCUUUUUGCCCAUUUGGUUUGGGUCCCAGAAUCUGCGUAGGUCAAAAUCUAGCUAUGGUUGAGACCAAAAUAAUCUUAGCCAUGAUAAUUCAACACUUCUCUUUUGUGGUAUCACCAACCUAUGUUCAUGACCCAAUGUUGCUUGUAACCUUGCAGCCUCGACAUGGUGUCCAAAUACUCAUGAGGAGGAGAAGCUGAACAUUUGUUUGGGACUCUUUUUUAAGAGGGGUGUGCUUCAAUUUGUAUGCUAAUGCUUAUGUUUUAUAUUACUAUUCAUAUGCAUAAAAGAUCAUAGCAUGCAAAAGAA